AUGAACUCAUUUCAGGUCUGUUUGGUGAAGAUGAGGAGGAGAGGAGGUGCAUUGGUGCUAAGGCUUGUCAGGAAGAUGCUAACAAGAGUCUUUACGUUUUCAAGAAGAUCAAAUUUCACUGUCAGAGCUGCUGCUGCUGCUGUUGAUGAUGAUUGUGAUGACGAUAUGGGUCCAUUGCCAGAGGAUGUGAAGGAGGGACACUUUGUGGUUCAGACCAUCUAUGAUGGUGAACUAAAGAGAUUUGUCAUUGAAUUGGGAUAUUUGGCUCAUCCAGGUUUCUUGAAGUUGUUAGAGCUGGCCGAGGAGGAAUUUGGGUUUGAACAAGAGGGAGUUCUUGCUGUUCCCUGUGGUCCAAGUGAGCUCUUGAGGAUUCUUGAAACCUGA